UAGGCCCUAUGAUAGCUACGGACCGAUACGGCAGGAUUCAGUCGUAUAUUUCGAUGCAUAUCUGAUUUUGAUAGUUACAGAGUAAAGCCGUCGUUUUCCAAGCAUAGGGUCGGGGAAAGGAGCUAACUUUUCUGGCGUUAUACACACGGUUUAUGACGACUUAUAAUGUACGCUGGUGGUACCUGUGCAUGCCUUUACGAUCACCAAGUGUACGUAUCAUAUCAGUGUCAGUUUAAAACGUUGCCUUCUUCUUACAGCUGUAUGGCUGACAGUCGGUCAUUUUCUCAUGCUUGAUAAGAGACUGCAUAUCCCGGCCGAGGAUCGCGCUUAUAUGAAUAUAGCCGCAACUGCUCACAAGUGAGGACAACAACGAUACGUGUCACAGAAUCAAGAUGACCCCGUCCCCACUCCUAACCACAGGCAUAGUUUGUAUGCUCUCAGGAGCUUUUGGCCAGACAUGGCCAUCUCGGGAAUUCCGAGCCGUCUGGGUAGCAACGGUGGCCAACUUAGACUGGCCCUCGUCCAAACACCUCUCAUCUUCUCAACAGCAAGCUGAAAUGGUGGCUCUUCUGGACAAGAUGGAGACGCUGAAUCUAAAUUCACUGGUCUUCCAGAUCCGCCCAGCAUCUGACGCGGUGUAUAACUCCAGCUUAGAGCCUUGGAGUCGAUAUCUGUCAGGGACUGAAGGUAAUCCCCCAUCACCCUUCUACGACCCUCUUCAGUUUGUCCUUAAUGAAAGUCAUAAGAGGAACAUCGAGGUACACGCAUGGUUCAACCCCUACCGAGCUUACUUAGACGGCUGGUUGGCCAAGAAGUAUCCUCAGUACGCCCAUUCCAUUGGUGGAAAUUCGGUUGUAAUGGACCCAGGUGCAAAGGUCGUGCAAGACCACGUGUACAACGUGUUUACUGACGUCAUCAAUCGUUACGACAUUGAUGGUGUCCACAUGGACGACUACUUCUACCCUUAUCCUGGGUCAGCCGUACACUUUGACGACCAUAUCACUUACAACGCUUACAAGGCAGCUGGGGGAAAGCUCUCUCUUGCUGACUGGCGAAGAGACAAUGUUAAUACACUUGUAAAGCGCCUGUCAGACAUGAUACACGUCAAAAAGCCGUGGGUUAAGUUUGGGAUCUCCCCUUUUGGAAUUUGGGAAGCGGGUCACCCGCCAGGUAUUACGGGCCUGUCCUCUUACGAUGCCAUAUACGCCGACUCGCGAAAGUGGAUCAGAGAGGGCUGGUUGGACUAUCUGACCCCUCAGUUGUAUUGGAAGAUAGACCCCCCGCAGCAGAGUUACACAGCUCUGCUCGACUGGUGGCUCCAACAAAACCCUCACCAUCACCAUGUAUACCCCGGCAAUGCGGCGUACAGGGUGUUCGACAAGAGCCACUGGCCCGUCACCGAGAUCCAAAGGCAGGUGGAAGAGACGCGCCAUCGUGCAGCUCAGAACUCACUGGGCAACGUCCUCUUUCGGAUGGGCUCCUUACAUUCUUCGGUGUAUGGCAUUUUCCAUGACAAUUUGUACAGCAACCCUGCUCUAGCUCCUAUAAUGUCAUGGUUACACACGAGCUUCACGGGCCCCGCCAUUCCUCAAAACGUGGUGACUGGACCGAGCUAUAUCACGUGGUCUGUGGAUGAGACCGGAACAGUGCGGUCAUGGGCAGUUUAUGAACUGAAUGGUGCGUCUUGGAAACUCGUCAAGGUGAUGAAUCGAGACAUAGUUUACUUCACUGUCCCUCGUCACGGGAAAUACGCUGUCAGGGGAGUGGACAGACUGAGUAGAGAAAGUGGUGAAGUUGUCGUUGUUGUGUCCGGAAAUAUAUCUGUCCUUGGUUAAACAAAAUAAUGCAAAGCAUCAACGUAUUUUUUCCCCACAUAUAUGGUUUCGUGAUAGUGUGGUAGCAAUCACGGUUUGUUUUGAACAAGGCUAAAAGUAGAUGACAUGUAGAUAUAAUGUUAUAAAAGUACAUCUAUAACAAAGAAUUUUGCGAUCAACGUUUCCUUUAUGAUGUAAAAAUGGAUCCAUGGCAAUGGCACAUAAGAUUUUUUCUGCUUAUUCCAUCUUUCUUUACAUAUGUAGAUUGCGGUGUGAAACUGUAGACAAAUAUCCAGCCACUUUGCUGGGCUCCCCUAAUAGUCGGGCUGUGUACUGCUAUAUACGGAUUUUGGGUGUGGGCAGCAGAUUACUGUGGGCGAGCCACACCUGACCGUUCGGUGGAUUGACCGCGCCGCUAGUGGCAUGUUUACGACCACAAUUUCUUUUGUAUUGUACUGAACGGUGGUAGUUAUCCGUAAGUUUUGUGUUUAGAAAAUAUUUUUAAAAAAUUGUUAAAAUUCGUUUUUGUUGUGAAAGUGUUCAAUGCAUCGUUUUUAUAGUUUACUUUUCUAGUUCUACGGAGCAACGUCGAAAUAGCAAAAGGAAUUUCCGUACCACAAAACAUUUGGCCUUUUUUAAUGUUUCCGACUAAAUGAAACUGGAAACUGAAGGCCGCGGUUACAUACUGUAUGUAUUGAUGCCAACAAACCCGACAAAACAUGUUACAUAUAACGAUGUUUUCCCCACAUUGUAAUAACGGGAUAUGUAUAAUCUGGAGAGGAGGUGUCCCUUCCAUAUUGUACGUGACUGAAGUAAACCGCAGCACCCUAUGUGCCAUCAUAAAGUGAAACGUCAGAGAACCGUGUGCGUGCAUGGCCCGAAGAAUCUAUAGAUUGCUGUUAGUUUACUGAAAACAUUCACCCGUAUGGUGAUCUAUCGGCUGGAUCAUGUGAUCGACAAGUAUGCCAACCCUUCUGCACACGAUCGAAUAUUUCAGAAUAUGUAGCGGCUGCUGGACUCAAAACAAACGUUCAUCUGUGAUCCAAAUUUGUACGAGUUCCUUACCUAUGUCAACAGGUGUCCCUUCUCAUGCAUGGAAGAUUUCAAAAAGUAAGUUGAACCAUGUGUUAUCUGUCAAAUUGCAUUUGAGCAUGCAGUUAUGGCCUUAUUUCCAUAUGUAACCGGAGAGGGCAUAAUCAGCCAAAUAUACCAUGCAUACAUCGAAUGCAUCACAUCAUGCAUACAGCGAAUGCACCACACCAUGCAUACAACGAAUGCACCACACCAUGCAUACAACGAAUGCACCACACCCAUAAACGCCUGAACCAUGCAGAGGGUGAGAAAUGUUGAGCACGAGAAAGGGGAAACGAUGACUUGAAGAGUAAUCAGUUUGGUGUCCUACUACUCGCACGCAGCAGGCGAAAAAUUAAGUCGUUGUUUUUAUUGUGGACAAGCUAAUUCUUGGUUGCGAGCGGUCCAAGUGUCAAAAUCACCACGGCCAAGACACUUCGGCUAACAUGCGCUCAUCAAAAUGAUCACUCACCUACCAAGAUGAAACCUGUUCUACGACGGUUACCAUGCGCCUGCCAAGAUGAAACCUGUGCUACAACGGUUAUCAUGCGCCUGCCAAGAUGAAACCUGUGCUACAACGGUUACCAUACGCCUGCCAAGAUUCGCCUUUGUAACACGGGUAUGGCGAGGAAAGUAAGACAGAA